UCUAUUAUCUUGUAUACAUUUACUUUCUAUGUGCUACAAAAGUAAAAGUAAAUUUAACUUUUGUCAUGGAAAUUAGACAACACUCGCAGACUCGUCCUCUGAAGAUAAAAAGGUUUAUUACAGGAAGAUGGUUAAUACAGGAUAGAAUAAAGCAGGAUAGAAUAAUGAGAGAGCGAAGGCGAAGUUCAGAGGAAAGUUCCUGGAACUUCUUAGAAGAAAUCGCCUCCAUGUAAUACUUCUCUCAAUGUAAUACACACAUUUCUUAUAUCAUUGACUCCCUUCCAUACAGACAGCAAUACACAAUGACUUAAAAUCUAAAAUUCUAAUUCUAAAUUCUUGAUGAUUCCUACCAGUCAGUGGUAAGGCUGCAUCGGUCUAUUGCUCUGCACAACAAAGGACACGCCUGUGUCAACACAGGCUUUAGGGUGAAACUUUUCCACGGGCGUCCUCCGUUUUGCUUGUUGUCCAGAAAAGCUGAAAAGACUCGCACAGCCCAUCCAGGAGACGCCAAAUUGUCGUGGAAAUUAGACAACACUCGCAGACUCGUCCUCUGAAGGGUAACUUUCUUGGACAGUAGUGAUCUAGGACAGAGGAACACCUAGAGCCUAGCUGGUGUCUAAUAUUUACAGUUAAAGAUGUUGCGCUACAUGAUCAUCUGCUCUACUCUUCUCAUGACUGCUGUAACGGUCCAAGCACAAUGUGAGAGACCUGAUGUUGGGGAAAACCGGAUUUUGACUGAAGACCAACAAACUUUUCCUGAUGGAUCCACUGUAACGUUCAAAUGUUCCACUGGUUAUAUUCCUGUGGAAUCAUCAGCUUCCAGAUCAAUCACCUGUACUGGAACCCAGUGGAGCGACCUCGAACUUCAAUGCAAAAAAAAAUCCUGUGGAAGUCCUGGCAAUAUUCCCAAUGGAAAGUAUAUAUAUCAAUCUACAGACCUAAUUUUGUUUGGUGCAACCAUCACAGCAAAGUGUCAUGAAGGAUAUUUGCUUGUUGGUGAACCAACUAGAUAUUGCAGAGAAUAUGGUUGGGAUGGGAGAGCUCCUGUAUGUGAAGCGAUUAAGUGUCCAAAGCCUCCCGCUAUAACAGAUGGCACUUUUGAACCAGAGGAUGACUCAUAUGAUUAUGAUGAAGCAGUCACAUACUCUUGUAACAGAGGUCUUGAGCUUAUUGGACUUCCAGUAUUAACAUGCUCUAGUGAUGGAACUUUUCAGCCUUCUCCUCCUCGGUGUCUGCUUGUGUCCUGUGAGAGACCGGAAAUCCCAAACUCAGUUAGAACUGAAGGAAAAUCACCACCUUAUAAAUAUAACAACUUUGUCCGCUACCGGUGUAAUAAAGGCUACAGAAUGAAUGGGUCUGAUUACCUGACCUGUAAGGAAGAUGGGUGGAAUCCACCUCCUCCUCAGUGCAAUGCUAUUACAUGCUUAAAACCUCCUGAUAUAAAGAAUGGAAUAUUUAACCCCCAGAAGGAGUUAUAUGAAUACGGAGAAACAGUCACAUGGUCUUGUAAUGAAAGUUUUAGACUUAUUGGAGCUUCAACAAUAUCAUGUACUGAUGAUGGAACAUUUGAGACGUCUCCCCAAUGUCUGGAGACCUGUGAUGAACCUCAAAUUAAAAAUGGAUAUGUUGAUCACACAUCAAAUCUUUUUGUAAAUCAAUCAUUUGUCCUGGUCCAUUGUAACAUUGGAUACAAGACAGAAGGGUCUGAUUUCCUGACCUGUGAGGAUAAUAGAUGGAAUCCACCUCCUCCACAGUGCCACUUAAAUCAUUGGAUUUGGAUCAUUCCAAUUCUUCUAGUAGUGCUGGUUUGUGUUCUUGUUUGUGGUGGUUGCUACUGCUGGAAGAAAAAGAAACAUAAAAAUGGCACAUGAAGCACACUAAAUAUAGUUCCCUUCACUAAUAUUGGCACCCUUGCUAAAUAUGAGCAAAAAAGGCUGUAAAAAAAUUGUCUUUAUUGUUUAAUCAUUUGAACUUUUGUUUAAAAAAAAAAAUUCAUACAAAUACUCUGAGACUCCCAUGAGAGCUCAUGGAUAUCAAGCAAUUGCAAACAAAACACAGGUUUAUUAAAAAAAAAAACCUUUGUUAAAUAUAGGUGUGCAACAAUUACUGGCACCCCUAUGAAUUCAUAUGAGAAUAAUAUAUUUUAAGUAUAUUCCCAUUGAUAUAUUACUUUUUCUUAGUACACCUGGGAGACUAGGAACAGGAAAUUGUUCAACCAUGACUUCCUGUUUCAUAGGGGUAUAAAUAUGAGGGCACACACAGGCCAAAUUCCCUUAGUCAUUCAUAACAAUGGGUAAGACCAAGGAAUAUAGCUGUGAUGUGCUGCAAAAGGUUGUUGAUCCUCACAAUAUAGGAAGUGUCUAUAAGAAAAUAGCACAAGCAUUGAAAAUGCCCAUGCGGUUUAGACAUUAAUGGCUGUGUGUUUAGUUAUUUUGAGGGGACAGCAAAUUUACAAAAAAUUCAAAAUGUUUUCCAAACCCGAAGACGAUUCUGUAGUUCUCCACGAUUUAGAGGAAUCUUCACAAAAAAGCAUGUACUGACUGAGACCCAUACACAAUCCAGAGUCUCUCCAGCAACGUAAUUUGAUCAAGAUUGGGAUGAGACAACUUGCUUUACGGUAUUGAAUAACCUUAGCAUUUACAGUAUCUCACAAAAGUGAGUACACCCCUCACAUUUUUGUAAACAUUUGAUUAUAUCUUUUAAUGUGACAACACUGAAGAAAUGACACUUUGCUACAAUGUAAAGUAGUGAGUGUACAGAUUGUGUAACAGUGUAAAUUUGCUGUCCCCUCAAAAUAA